UCUUCAAUACUUUCUAAAGAGACAUUCAAUUUGAAACCUGCUACGUUGUUAUAAGAAGGGGGUGUAACCUACCCAUAUCUUAUAAUAUUUAUUUUUAGAAUAAUUAGUUAACUGCUUUAGUAAUUAAUAAAAUGAAAACACAACAAUUUACUAUGUAUAGUACAUUUUGGAGAACAACCUACUAUAUUUCAUCCUUAUUCUGAACAUCCCGUUUAAAGACUGGAGCCUGCAUAUUACUAAUGAAGAAAAGACAAGGAAGUUUGUACAUUUAACAUGGAGAACUGCACUGAUAAAAUAUUUUUACAUUAAGGCAAGAUUUGAUCUUGCUGUUUUUAUCUCCAGUUUAGGCUUAAUAUCUUGAAACACCAUGACUAUCUUUCACUGGUGAGCUGUUAAUAGUUCAAAACACAUUUCUUAUAAAACUCGUAUAUAAAUAAUUUACUAUAACACAAUGUGUAUUUAAAGAUAUGUAACGUUUUCAGAUAUUCUGCAAUUCCAAAUAAGACUCCAAAAUAUUACCAAAAUUAAUUUUUGUACAGUAGAGCCCACAGGAAUUUGAAUACAUAAAUAAUUUAUUUUUUAACAAGCAGAUAUAACAUCCCUGUAAAUGGUCACAUUUGGGGUUUUUUCAUAUUAGAGUUUUAGUAGUGUAAAAUUAAUUUAUCACGUAUAUCAUGAAAAGAUCAACUCCAUUACUAAACAUUUAAAAUAUACUGUAUUUCUUGCUGCCAACUAAAUUUAUGUUUGGGGUAUGAAGAAAUCUUAUGUAACCUGCAUGAAAUAUGUAAGAAAUUUGAUGGCUUGCAUUUGAACUAGAUGUGUUUUUAUAAGAUAUCAUGUUCGAAGCUGGGAGUCUAUUUGUACGAGGUGGAGAAUUGCUUUCAUUACUCUGCCCAGGUGGGUAAAUAGGAGAUGGUUGUUCAGAAUCUUGUAAUGCCUCAGCAUUGAUGCUUCAACUAGGAGACAAAAUAAACAGGUAAUUAUGUAGUGUUCCAUUAAUAGCGUAUCUAUUAUUGAAAAACAUUAAUUUUUCAUAUGUUAAUGGGCUCAUAAAAGUUUUAUUUUAAUCCCUACAAUAGAUCUUGAAUAUUUUCUUAUAGGUUCAAACACAAAUUUCAAAUAAUAUUCUAAACCUGAUAGGCAGAUCAUUGUUUUUUUCAUAAGUUUAUAAGUAGUAUUUUCAAAUGAUUUAUUAUUGUACUACAACAUUUUUUUAGUUGUUUUUAUGCUUCUUGGCCUAAAAUUUAUCUUGAAUUAAAGACCAGCUAAGGUUAUAAACAUACAUAUAGCGUCACUUUACAAGUAUCUAACCUUCAUUCCUACCAGAAGUAAGUUUGAAAAAGAAAUCAAUUCAAUCAAAUAAAAUUAUAAUACUUUUGAAUUUUAUCACCAAAUAUAUUGAUAAGAUUUCUUACAAUGAAUCUAAAGUGUGCAUUUUAAUGCUUAAAUUGUACAACAGGAGGGAAACGUCAAUAUUGAUAAUUUUGGCAGAAUAAAGUGGCUUUAUCUAUUCUCCACUCAGUGAAACACAAGUGUCAAGGUGUACUAGGGCUGACACAGUCUUAUAAUUGUGUCAGGCAGCUAUAUAACUGUAGUAUAAUGGUUUCUUGCAGCUGUUUUCGAUGCUGUUUAUUCUCUUUGGCACUGUUAUGCCCAUUUGCUAUCAUCGGGUUUGCUCUGAGUUUGGCCUUCAACAAAGUAGAAGAUGUGACACCCCCUGAUGCCAGAGGCUCAAGAGCUGUUGACACCCUUAAAUUUGUUGUUGUUAUAUCAAGACAUGGAAACAGAGGAUCAUAUUUUUCAUUUCCGAAUGACCCGUAUCCUAUUAAUGAUACUAAUUACUGGCCAUAUGGUUCAGCUGAACUCACAACGUAUGGUCGUGUCCAAAUGUACAACUUGGGAGUGAAAAUACGUUCUCUCUACAAUGGGUUUCUUGACCCACUGUAUUACAGUGAUGACUUCUAUGCUUCAAGCACUGCUGUUGAUCGUACAUUGAUUAGUGGAGAAGCAUUUCUGGCUGGGUUGUUCCCUCCAACAGGUUUUCAACUGUGGAACAAGAAAAUACUGUGGCAGCCUGUUCCAAUUUAUUCUAAUUCUCUUGACAAGACUAUGGUAGUAGAGUGGUGUGCCAGAUUUGUACAGGAACAGAUAAUUUCGGAAAUGAACUACGAAAAUGAGAAUGCUUUCAACCUUACUUUUGUGAACAGUUGUCUGAACAGAAACACAGGAUCUAACAUGUCAGGAGGUUUUGGUCUGAUAACUGCUUGGGACACGUUUAUAAGCGAGGAAACAGAAGGAUAUGUUUUACCAGACUGGACUAAACAGGUUUUUCCUCAACCAAUGACCUUUUUGAUUAGAAGAAUGUACUUAGCAUACUUUGCAGCAACAGAUAUGAUGGUUAAAUUUGUUAUAGGCCAGUUCUAUAAGGAAAUGCUUGGAGUGAUGGAAAGUAAAGUAAAUGGCACGCUGACUCCUAACAGGAAGAUGUAUUUCUAUUCCGGCCAUGAUACCUCCAUAGUGACUCUGCAAGCCGUCCUGGGCAUACCCAAGUCUGAAAUCAUCGGUGCAGUGAAGCCAGGUUCUGCAAUGCUGUUUGAACUUCAUCAAAAUAUGACAACUGAAGAUUACUUUGUGGAGGUGCUGUAUAUAGAUGGCAGUUCUUCUCAUUUGACCCCUGUACCCAUUGACGUCUCUGCAUGUGGUCAUCCCUGUGGCUUUAAACAACUUGUUAACAUGACUCAGAAUUUUGUUAAUAUUACCAAUUAUGAAGAAGAGUGUCAGAUAUAAAACAUGUUUACUUCAAUAUAUUUUUUGGCUUUUUCAUCAGA